GGUGGGCCGGCAGGCAAACUGGCCGGGGAGUUCGGUGGGAGUCCCUCUUAUCAGCUCAGAUGUAAUUCUUGUGUAUUUAUUUUCCCUGUUGCGGCCGUUGCUCUGGCCCCAAUGUCCAGCACUUCACCUUGCACCCCCUCCCCGCCACCGCCCCCCCCCCAUUGCUGCGUGUGGGAGGGGCUGUUUAUUCAUUAAUCACAACAGUGGCUAUCCCACGUGUCAUCGUGGUUCUCACUGGGUCGUGUGUGUCUGUGUGCUAGAGGGUUAGAGGUUAGUUUCCCUCACCAAAGUUCUGGGUCAUGUGCGUGUAUGUGCUAGAGGAUUAGGAUAUCUCGUAGGUGCUUGCUAACAGCACUUGCCUCAACAGUCUGUUAAGGCUACACGGGGGGUCUUUGUACUGGGUCGUGUGUGCGUGCGUGUGUGCGUGCGUGCACCACGGCAGUGCGAUUUGCUCGGGUUCCGUGCGUCAAUAUUCCACAGUUUCUCGGGAUGAAGUGGCCACGUGGAGGGCUUGGUAAAAGCAGGGCUGCUGCUCUCUCCAGCUUUCCAGCAAAAACCUCACGGAAGUGGCUUUGCGUUUUGAUUUCCCCUUUUGCGAACGUCGCUCAGAAAAUUCCCCCUCAGCCUCAGCUCCGGCCAUUGAGGUGUACGCUCGCGCGCACAGGUGCGCACAGGUGCGUGCACACCUGUGCGCGCGAGCACAGGUGUGUGCAGUGGGGAGCACUAGUGUGGUGGUUAGCGCGCUUCGUUACAAACCAGGCGACCCGAGUUUGACUCUCUCCCACUGCACCAUACCGGUAACUGUCUGAAUCGGUAAUGGGCCACCCUUGGGUGGACUCGGCCAUAAAUGGGUACCUGGUGCCGUGUUUAAACAUCAGCACUGGCGAGACGAAUGCGGCCGGGCGUGGUGCUGGCCACCCACUUCCCUCAUGUGCCGUGCCGGCCUUAAUCGGCUCUCGCUUACGGAACUUGUCCCAACCGCCUGUGCAGGCUACACGGGGGGGAUCUUUGCUAUUGUUUGUACGUGUGCAUGUGCGCGCGUGUGACACGCGUUGUUGUCGUCUUCUCCCGUCCGAAGGCCUUGGUAUGGUUCUCUGAGCCUCGGGCAUUUCCGCCGAGACCCAGCGACAAGCGUUUGCGGCAGGAAGCGUGCCUUCCUGAUGCUGAUGCUGCUGUGUAAUGGGGAAGCUUUCCACACAGGAGAAUUAUUUGCAGCGCACAGCGCUGGGGAAUCACUUGCAGCAUGCAGCAGCGGCAAAUGAGUGCACCGGUGUUACACCGUUUGUCCCUCUCCUCUUUUGUGUCGACUAGAAAUAGAGAAUAAUUUUCAGCAUUUGGCAUUAAAUAUAAUGUGUAUAUAGCAGUGUUUACCAAUUGGUUCUCCCUUCUUGUAGCGAACAGAAAUAGAGUAUCAAUUUCCAGCGUGCAACACAAGGGAAUCAAUUGGAGCAUGCAGCAGCAACAAAUGUGUGCACUCACGUUGACCAUCCGUCAUCUUUCGUGUGGAACACAAAUGGAGAUUCAUCAUUUGCGGUGUGCUGCACGAGCGGAUCAUUUGCAGCAUGCAGCAAUGGUAAGAACAAACGCGUGUUUGACCCCCGGUCCCUCUCCCCUUGUCCUCCCGCCCCAUCCCGACCUUUCUCUCUCUUCUCGACCCGCAGUGAGGCCUUCUCUGCACUGCCAGUCUUCGUGGCAUGACGACAAACAGCAAUAGCAGCAAGGUGAACAAGGCUCUCAAGGUGAAGCGCGAGCCGAACGAGAUUUUGCCGAACGCCGGCAGCGUGGCGUCACCUGACGGCGCCGCACUCACCGGGGGGGGGGGCUGCGGCGGCGGCGACACGGACACCAGCUGCGGUGGCGGCGGCGGUGGCAGCAGCGGCCCGCUGAGCGACAAUGAGCUGGUGUCCAUGUCGGUGCGCGAGCUGAACCAGCACCUGCGAGGCCUCUCCAAGGACGACAUCGCGCGGCUCAAGCAGCGGCGGCGCACGCUCAAGAACCGCGGCUACGCCGCCAGCUGCCGCGUCAAGCGCGUCACCCAGAAGGAGGAGCUCGAGCGGCAGAAGGGCGACCUGCAGCUGGAGGUGGAGAAGCUGGCGCGCGAGAAUGAGAGCAUGCGCCUCGAGCUCGGAGCGCUGCGCGCCAAGUACGAGGCGCUGCAGGCGUUCGCGCGCACGGUCGCCCGCGAGCCCAUCGCGCCCGCCAAGGUGGCGGCCACCAGCGUCAUCACCAUCGUCAAGUCGGAGAACAACAGCGGCGGCGGCGGCAACAACAGCAACAACGUCAUCGGCGUCAUCAGCAACAGCAGCAUGGGCAUGGGAAUCGGCGGCGGUGGUGGCGGCGGCCCCGGUGGGGACCGGUGGGGACCGGCGGUGCCAGCGUGA